AUGAAGUCGUCGGGCGCGUGUUACGCGCGCGGACCUGGCGGCGUGACGUUCGACGAAGACGAGCCGAGCGUUGUUGCUCUUGAUCUUUCGAAGGCUAAUUCUACCACCUGCCACUGUCAUUGUCCAUCGUCGAGUUGCGGCGCGUUCGAGAGAGAUGAUGGCGUGUCGUUUCUGCCGUCACCGGUGUCGACGACGGCGUGCGAUCUUUGCGAGCGUCUACGCGGUCAAACGGGCGGUUACAAUUCGGUGGACGCGAUAUGGACAAGGGACAGUCAUGUGGCUGAUCGAUCGUCGAGACGAAAGCGCGAAAAGAACGAUUUGCUGAUGAAUGACUCGGAAGCGACUGUUGGAAAACGCGACAGAACUUUGAGGUGUGAUAGAACUCCGCUCCGCGAAUCGACCGCGAGAUGUGCUUCAAACGUAGUGCGGUGGAUCUUCGCGGUCAAAUUCCACGGCGAUGUCAAAUCGACCGAAUGGCGGAGGCUCCUCUGGAUCGUUCUCCUGAUACUCGCGGUACCCGACCUCGCAGCAGCACACGACACCGCCAUCGACCGUAGCAACAGAGACGGAGUGUGCCAAAGUAUAGACAUAAGAAAUAGCGUGAGUCAAUUCUCAAAACUGGAGGGAUGCCGGGUGGUCGAGGGCUUCGUACAAAUUCUCUUGAUCGAUCGAGCGGAGCAAUCGGCCUACACCAAUCUCAGCUUCCCCGAUCUGGUCGAGAUCACUGGAUACCUUCUUUUAUACAGGGUAAGCGGACUUAGGACCGUCGGCCAUCUGUUUCCAAAUCUGACGGUUAUCCGCGGUCACUCUCUCUUUAUCAAUCACGCCCUCGUGGCAUUCGAGAUGAUGCAUCUUCAGGAAAUCGGUCUCCACUCUCUGACCGACAUUCUACGUGGAUCCGUGCGAUUCGAGAAGAACCCGACGCUCUGCUACGUCGACACUAUCGACUGGGACGUCAUCGCCAAAACUGGCAAGGGAGAGCACUUCAUAAAGGAUAACAAGCCAACGAAUGGUUGUCCGGUAUGCGACAAAAAAUGCCCGGCAAAGCAGACGAAACCCGAUCAGACUCUGUGCUGGAAUCGACAACACUGCCAACAAAUAUGCGAUCAGAAGUGCGAGAAUAGAGCUUGCGACGAUACAGGAGAAUGUUGUCAUCCGUUCUGCCUGGGUGGAUGCACGGGACCGACGGCCAGUGAUUGCAUUGUUUGCAGAAACGUAGUAGUGAACGAGGAGUGCAAAGACCGUUGCCCGGCGGGCAAAUUCGAGUUCAUGAAUCGGCGUUGCAUUGAGGAGCAGGAAUGUCGUCAGAUGCUGAAGCCGCGCGAGGCGUCGGAUAAUGUGAAGCUGCGCCCAUACAGGCCGUUCGACACUAGAUGCGUGAUGGAGUGCCCGGUGGGUUAUAUGGAGGGCGAGGAGCAUGGCAAUCCGACCUGCAAAGAGUGUGUAGGUCGAUCGUGUCGGAAGGAAUGCUCUGGGGCGAACGUGGACAACAUCGCUUCGGCACAAAAAUUACGCGGGUGUACGCACAUCGCAGGUAGCCUCGAGAUACAGAUACGCGGUGGCAAGAACAUCGUAAAGGAACUCGAGGACAGUCUAAGCACGAUCGAGGAGAUAGACGGCUAUUUGAAGAUCGUCCGCAGCUUCCCGCUGAUAUCUCUAAACUUUCUGAAGAAUCUGCGCGUGAUACGCGGUAACCAACUCGAGAACAACAAGUACAGUCUCGCCGUGCUCGAUAAUCAGAAUCUUCAGGAGCUCUGGGAUUGGAACACGCAUCCAAACAUCACUAUCAUGUCCCAGAAAGGUCCCGCUAAGCUCUUCUUUCAUUUCAACCCGAAAUUGUGUCUGCACGAGAUCGAAAAGUUGCGGGAGAAGGCCAAGUUGGAAGAAUUCACUGAUCACGAUGUGGCAUCCAGCAGCAACGGAGACAAGGUCGCUUGUAACGUCACCGAGCUAAAGACUAAGGUCACCAAGAAAUCAUCUAGGGGAGCUAUUAUCGAGUGGAAGGCCUUUACGCACCACGAUACCAGGUCCCUUUUGGGUUACGUUGUUUACUUCAUCGAAGCACCUAAUCAGAACAUAACAAUGUAUGAUGGCCGCGAUGCUUGCGGCGGUGAUGGCUGGCGGGUGGAGGACGUUUCCGCUGAGAGCACGACGCCGCAGUCUCACAACGGCACGGAAUCACAAGAGCCUGUCUAUCACACUCACAUACUGACUCUGCUGAAGCCAUAUACUCAGUAUGCUUAUUACGUUAAGACUUACACCAUAGCCACGGAAAAGUCAGGCGCGCAGAGUAAAGUCAAGUACUUUACGACGCUGCCGGAUGCGCCUAGUUCGCCCAGAGCCUUAUCGACUUGGAGUAAUUCUAGCAAUGAACUGGUGAUAUCCUGGUUUCCGCCGCUACACAAAAAUGGAAAUUUAACACAUUAUCGAAUUGUCGGUCGAUGGGAGCCCGAUGAUCCGAAUUUCAUCGACCAGAGGAAUUACUGCGAUGAACCUAUGCCGUUACCUGAAGCAAAAGCACCAGAGGAAGUCAUAGCGGAGGAAGAAAAGAAGCAUACUGAACUAGAGAAGGAGUUUACAAAAUCCGAUUCGUGCGUCUGUACAGAUCGUGAAAUGGAUCAGUCGAUGCGUGAGAAAGAAGUUUCCAGUUCGAUCGCCUUUGAGAACGCGUUACAUAAUCAAGUUUAUGUAAAACGAAUGUCUAACGCGCGUAGAAGGCGCCACACUAGUGAAAUGUUAGUCGCGGCGGAUCUAGCCAAAGAGUCUGCAUACGAACAGGAUAGAGAAAGCACUAACAAUAAAGUGGAGAAUGGUACAGUCACUAUAUUCGAACGAUUAAUACCCAGCACGAAUCUUACUUUCGUCAUGAGAAAUCUCCGGCACUUUGCUGCGUACAAUAUUGAGGUUCAAGCUUGCCGGGAACGAAUUGAGAAUGAUAUAAAUGAUAAGAAUAAAAAUUGCUCGACGAAAAGUAUGAAAACCUACCGUACGUUAGCGAUGGAGAGCGCAGACAAUAUUCCACCGGACACCUUUAAAUUGAAGUAUUCUGGCGAGAAUAACAGUCUCACUAUUACAUUAUCUUGGGAUGAACCACCUCAACCCAAUGGCCUAAUAGUCACGUAUCAGAUCGAGUAUAAAAGAGUUGAUAUUAAAAAUAUAAAAGCAACGGUGGUAUGCAUUACAAGACGCGAUUUUGCCAAUAUGGGCAACUCGUAUGUCUUGAAGGAACUUUCUACUGGAAAUUAUUCCGUAAAAGUACGAGCUACGAGCUUAGCUGGAAAUGGCGCAUAUACCGAAGUAAAAUAUUUUUAUAUACCGGAAUAUGGCACGUUCAGUACAUUUUGGAUUUUCUUUUGGUCGAUAUUGGGCUUUAUCAUAAUAUUCAGUUUUUUGACAAUAUUCUACAUAUUUAAAAAAAGAUCAAUGCGAAAUGUGCCCAGUAUGAGGCUUAUUGCGACAGUGAAUCCAGAAUAUGUGAGCACGAGUUACGUACCGGACGAGUGGGAGGUGUCCAGAAAGAACAUUCAAUUAUUACGAGAAUUAGGGAAUGGUUCUUUUGGCAUGGUAUACGAAGGAUUGGCCAAGGAUGUCGUAAAAGGCAAACCGGAAGUGCGGUGCGCCGUGAAAACUGUAAAUGAAAACGCAACCGACCGUGAACGGAUAGAGUUCCUUAACGAAGCGUCCGUCAUGAAGGCUUUUGACACACAUCACGUUGUCAGACUACUGGGCGUAGUGUCACAAGGUCAACCUACAUUGGUAGUUAUGGAACUGAUGGUGAAUGGCGAUUUGAAGACGUAUUUGAGAAGUCAUCGACCGGACGUAUGCGAGAACUCCAAAUAUCCUCCGACAUUGAGAGAUAUCUUGCAAAUGGCAGUCGAAAUUGCGGACGGCAUGUCUUAUCUCUCCGCGAAGAAAUUUGUUCACAGAGAUUUGGCUGCUCGCAAUUGUAUGGUAGCCGAAGAUCUUACUGUAAAGAUCGGCGACUUUGGCAUGACAAGAGACAUAUAUGAAACUGAUUAUUAUCGAAAAGGCUCCAAGGGGCUGCUACCAGUCAGAUGGAUGGCACCAGAAAGUUUGAAAGACGGUGUAUUUACCAGUUUUUCUGACGUUUGGAGUUACGGAGUUGUUCUAUGGGAAAUGGUAACGCUAGCUUCACAACCAUAUCAAGGCUUGUCAAAUGAUCAGGUAUUGCGUUAUGUAAUUGAAGGAGGAGUUAUGGAACGACCGGAAAAUUGUCCCGACUCACUGUAUAAUUUAAUGAGACGUACCUGGAAUCAUAGAGCCACGAGAAGACCUACCUUUAUAGACAUCGAGACGCUGUUAUUGCAAGAAGUUAGUAUAGAAGAUUUUGAGAAUGUUAGCUUUUAUCAUAGCCCGGAAGGAAUCGAAGCUCGAAAUCAAAAUAAUUCGCAUUCACCACAAAAUGACCAAGAUCUAGAAAUGGUUGCUCUACAAGAUUUGCGGGAGGAAGAAAUCGAGGGAGAAGAAGAUUCACCACUACGUCAAGACUUUGGUGAUUUUGCAAGUUUUGAGCCUUGCAGUAUUAAAAAUAACUUAAGUCCACGAUAUGGAGCAGAUUCGUAUGGCGAAACCUCAAAAGCUAUUUCCAAUUUCCAUGACAUGAAUUCUACAAAAGUACCCAAAGCUGGAUUCGAUGAAUUUGGUAUCUCUGGAGAUUCGCUCGUAUCUAGUAAGGACACGUUAAACUCGCCUUUUGUAGACGGCAGCCUUAAAUCAGUCAGAAGCUCGCCUUUUAUAUAUAAGAAAAGUACUUCCCGCAGUAACGUAAGUCAAGGUUCUCUAGGGAAGCCUGGAAGUCCACAAAGCUUAGUUAAGCGAAAUUUUCUCGAUAGCCCAAAUCCGUCUACGUUUCGGGACGAUCCCGAUUACGAAAAUAGAAGUCCUGAAAUCAUGUCAGGCAUCGACAAAAAGGAGAUUACUUCUUUACAUGUAGAAUUUCCAUCAGUGGACGUUAUGGAUAUUCAGAUCAAUGGUGACAAAACGGAAAACAACAAGCACACAGGCGACUAUAUGAACAAAUCGGAAACAUUGAAUAACGGUUACAUCGGUAAUACGGCUACGUAGCUUCGCUGUACAAAAUUUUAUCACUUGGAGUGAAUUGGAUAUGAGUAUUCCAACAAAAAGGCAGUGUCUGUGCCAAAUUUAUGAGCGUAUUGGAUUAUCGUUUUGAAAGGAUUACAUUGAGCAGUGUUUUCUGUAUAUGAAAGGGAUGUUAGUGUGUUCUAGCUAACAUACGAGUUAUACUCAUAAGUCUAUAUUUUAAACGUCUAGACGUCUAACUAAGAGUACAGGUCCUAACAAACAAAUGGAGUUUCCUUAUACGGGUGUUACCAUGUCUUAAUUCCGUCUCUCUAAAUGUAAUUAAUAUUGCUACGCGUGUACAGCUAAUUAUAUAUUUGUUGCGCUGCGAUGCAUGUUGGAAACGAGCAGCGAAUAUAUUUAUAUCAGAUACUGUCUUUUUGAAGUUGUCGCUGUAGUAUAUGUUAAUAUGGAGAGUUUACUUUACACUAAAGACGCCGUUAUUGUGGAGUUAUUAUAGACAGUUGCGAUUUAAGUAAAAAAUCUUGAAAUUGAACCGCUGAAGCAUGGCGGUUGUCCAUCGGCAAUGCACAUUAUUAUAUCUACUGACAAGCAUGUAGUAACUUCUCUCCCUAUUAAUUAUCUAGCGUGUAUCGAAGAAUUAAGCAGGUUUAUUAUUUAAAUCAUAGACUUUCUGUUUCGUUUUCAGUCGCAAGAUACGCUUUUUGCGCAAUUUCUGCUGUAACUAUAUUGUAUAGCAUUGGUUUAUUUUUUCUCCGAGUUUAUAGUAAAUAUGGUACACCAAAGUGGCAAUUAGGUCGACUACCGCGUUGGUACGACAUUUUGUUCACAGCAAAAAGACCACCUUUUAUAAAUUUUGUGAAUUACGCCUAGUCGCCACUUUGCAUGAUUUUAAGCUUUGAACUCGUAUAGUGAUAUAGAUAUGUUGGAAAGUAUGUGUGUAGAGGGGGUGAUUCAGAAUAAGUGUAUGGACUUAGCAAAUAUAUCGCGUUCCUCUAAUUUAUAAAGUUCUAUUAUAUUUAUGUUUUCUACUAUUGUUUUAAUAUUUUUGACUUUAUUGUAUCAGUUAAUCUAAGAGUUCUGAAUCCACCAAUUGUUCGAUACAUAGUAGGAGAAUUAGAGAGUAAGGAUCCUUUUUUUUAAAUUGAAAGGCUUUUUUCAGUAGCGACCGUACAAUUAAUGAGCAUUUGCGAUAUAAUUUGCAAAAAGUUCAUAGCUUUUAUUUUAAUCUUUUUAUAUUGUAAUUAUGAUGAAAUCUUAAAUGAAAACAAUUAGUGUCUAAUCUUUAAAUUUAAUAUUAAUAUUAUAAUUUAAUUUCAAAAUUCUGACACGAUCAAAUAUUAUAAAAGUACGUAUUUUUCUCAUUCUAGACAAUCUCGCAAAUAUAGAGAUCCAAAAAACAAAACGAAACAAAGCUAUAUGUAUGUUUGAAAAGUUUCAGGGCUGAACAAAUUAACGAUCACAAUAAUAUGUAAAAGAAAUUCGACGUUCCGAAGGUGAACUUUGUUGAAUCUGAUGCGUUAGAUAUUUAUAUGAAAUGAGCAAUAAGUAAUUCUGUCAAAAUUUCUUUUAGUUGCUAUUGUGCUUCUGAAAUUUUCCUGACAUACCUUGUACAUAUUGACAUAGGCUAUAUGCUAUGUACGUAACUGUACUAUUUCGUGGAGCUGGCACAUGAAAUCGCAUUUUGCCUCCUACAAUAUGCCUCUUGUAAUAUCUUCCAACGAGGAAGAUACAGCAUAUUUUUCAUUGCGAACCAAUACCACUUUUCGACUGAAAGUUGACAUAUUCCGCAAAGAUUCACCGUGCAAUCUACAGUCAUGAAUUUAUAGUCUCCAUAUCGUGCAAUAGGAUCAUCCACAGUAUUUAUACACCGUAAACGGCUACAACAGUCCGCGGCGUAAGAUAUCGCUCUUAUCGUUUCUGCGUUGCUCCACGAAAUAAACUAUGAAAUUCAGAGGCAUACACCAUGCUUUUGAGUAGAGACGAGAGAACGUAGACUGUCUUAGAGCCCAGUGAGAAACAAGAUUGACGACGGACGAGAAAAGGUUGAACCCGUGUAAUCGUUACAGUCGCGAGAUAAAUAAUAUUGGAUGAAUCCUAAUGAAAUGAGGAAAGAGUUAUUGUACGAGCAACGCAACGUAAUGCAGUUGAGUCUAGACAUAACGAGCCUCUAACACAAGACUGAUUAGCUAAUCCCACUAUACAUCCGUAAUCUCUCAGUAAGUUAAAGAUGCAAGACAAAAUGGUAGAAGUUCCAGACUGUUCCAUAUCCGCAAACACACCCUCCUUUUGAUGAUUUAUUUCGUUCUUACACUGCGCAUUCGUUUGAAGGUAUAUUUAGUCCACUACGAGAUUUAUUAGUGCGAUCCACGGUUGUUCCUACAACGUCGCGCGCAUACGACCCAUGCCACUUUGAUUCGAUGAUUGCUCAGAGCAAAUGCGGUAAAACAAUAUAUGGGGUAUCUGAAAUCAUUGUAUAAUUUUUCACAGAUUUCUUGAUGAAAUUGCGUGUGAUAUUAAUCUUUUGUCGAUGCUAUUUAGAUGAAUAUUCCUCGUUGGAAUCAUUUAACUUUCAAUAUUUCGUACCCAAUUUAUUAAAUGGUCACACAAAAAUCAGAUCUUUGUUAAAAUAAAACACACAAGGUUUUUUCUUGUCAUUUACACAUACACACACAUAAUAUCUAAUAAUAUAUAUAAAUAAAAUUAUUAUUUUAUAGUGCAAUUCGAAA